GCGUUAAAGGCGGAUGAAUGUUUAAGUCAAUAAAUGAAAUUGGUUUAUCCAUUUGCGUUCUAUUAAUAUACCCGAAACUCUUGACUGAACAAAAUAAUUUUGGAUAGAAAAUGGAUGAAAAAAGACACCGACAGAGGAUAGUUAAGUGUUGAAAGGUAAAGAAGAAAUGAUGGCAAGCGGAAAUGCGGGCCGUUGGCUGCUGAUUUUGACAGUGACUGUUACGUUGUAUGUAGGGUGUGUCAGCGCUAGGGACCAACGACUUGAUGGCAGGUCAGUGGCCAGACAGUUAAACCAACUACGGAUGUAUAUGGAAGAGCUGGAAUUUAUUGAAGAAGAGGAAAAACGUCAAGGAGUGAAAGCUAAAGGUAAGACCACUGUUGAAGAGCAAGUAAUGCUAAAAGCGUGCAAUGUCGCACUAGACGAUAACGAGAUAAAACUCAAUCCUUACGACGACUUUGUUAAAGAAGUUGAAGCCGAUGUCGAUGCCUGGGAUGAAUGUCUUCGAUUGUGGACAAAUGAAGUAGCCAUUGCAAACUGGAACUUUGAGACGGACCUCACUAACGAGAACGAAGAAGCUCUCAGCAAGGCCUCUUUAGAUUUCACCCGUUGGAGUAAAGGAUUGGCACAAAACGCACAGGUUUACAUUGACGAUCCGAGAUACCAUCACCUCGACUUUGACCUAAAACGAAAGCUUCGUUUUAUGGCCUUUAGUACAGACCCGGAUGAGGAUAUGAAUGAUAUGAAAGAGCUUAUUGAUGCACAAACUAAACUGCAACAGACUUACAGCGAAGCUACUGUGGAGGCCCUGGACCAAGGAAAUGGUGCCAAGACGCUUAAACUGGAGCCACAUCUUACUGAAAUCAUGGCGAAACGUAAUGACUCAAAAUUGCUGUUGGCCGCAUGGUGGGGGUGGCGUAACGCUACGGGGCCGUUUAUGAGAAAGGACUACGCAAAAAUGGUUAAAUUACUAAAUAAAGGAGCAACACAACACAAUUUUUCUAAUUAUGCUGAUGCAUGGAUAGCAUCGCAAUUCGACCAAACUCCUGAUCUUGAAGAAGACGCAGAUAACUUAUGGAACGAUAUACGCCCUUUGUAUGAGCAACUACAUGCAUAUGUGAGGACGAAGCUUCAGCAAAAGUAUCCUGAAUACAAUCACAUCUUCAAUAGUGGAGGAAUUCCUGCUCAUCUUUUAGGAAAUAUGUGGGCACAGGACUGGGAAAAUAUUUACGAUCGUGUCAAGCCAUACCCGGAGCUAGAAGAACCGGAUUAUGAAGCGGAACUGAAAGCUCAAGGAUACACUGCAGAGCGAAUGUUCGAGACGGCCGAACAGUUUUAUAAAUCUAUUGGACUGUCCUCAAUGUCGAACGAAUUCAAGACGCUUUCAAUGAAGGUCAGACCAGAAAACAGGGAAGUCGUCUGCCACGCAUCUGCCAGCGACUUUUACUCGAAGAAACCAGAUAAAGAUUUCAGAAUCAAAAUGUGCACGGCGAUUGACAUGGACUCGUUCCAGACAAUUCAUCACGAGAUGGGCCAUAUAGAAUAUUUCAUGGCCUACCAAGAUCAGCCGGCAGUUUAUAGAACCGGUGCAAACUCAGCGUUCCACGAGGCGAUCGGAGAUACUAUAAGUCUGUCCGUAAGAUCACCAGAACAUCUCAGGGACAUUGGUCUUUGCGGUGGCAACUGCGGGGGCAAAAAUCGCGGUAAUAAGGAAAAUAUAGCCAGUCAAAGGAAAAGAUUGACAGCUCUGAUCAGAGAACUAGAAGUGAAAAAGAAACGCGACAUCAACUUCUUGUUCAAAAGAGCUUUAUUCAAGAUCGGUUUUCUUCCGUUCGGGUAUAUGAUAGACAAAUGGCGCUGGAACGUGUUCAGAGGACUUACAACAGAAGAAAAUUACAACAAAGAUUGGUGGAACCUCAGGUUGAAAUAUCAAGGGCUGGUCGCCCCUGUUCCACGAAGUGAAGCUGAUUUUGAUCCGGGGGCCAAAUAUCAUAUACCUUCAAACAGUCCAUAUAUAUGUUAUUUCAUAAGCUUCAUAGUCCAGUUCGAAUUCUACAAAGCAAUGUGUGACGAAAGCGGACAUAAAGGACAUCUUUUUGAGUGCGACUUCUAUCGGUCAAAAGACGCCGGCCGGAAACUACUAGAUAUGAUGAAGCUCGGUAAAUCCAAACCAUGGCCGGAAGCGAUGGUAAAACUCACCGGAAGUAACAAAAUUAGUACCACAGCCAUUUUGGAGUACUUCAGACCUCUGCAGAAAUGGCUAGAAGAUGAAAACUCCCGCCCAGGCGUACAAAUAGGAUGGAAAAAUGCAGAAAUCAGCUGGAAAACAGGACCUUAAUGUUAUGAAUAAAACAUUACCUCGCUAUUCAAACUCUUAUUUUCUUGUUCAAAUCUGUCUCGUUGUCUGUAAAUCUGAUAGUUUGAUGCAAGGGUAAUAUGCAGUUUUCCUUUGUUUUAAAGCCAUUUAGGGCAACACUUUAUUUAUUUCAUAGAAUAAGUUAUCGUUUUAAAGAAAUUUAAGUAAUUCUGUUGUUCCCCUUCUGAAAACAAACGCUUUUGGUCGAUAACAAAUGUGAUCUUUUAUUUACUUUCUUUUUUUCUUUUUAUUUCCUUUCAGACAUGUUAUAAUUAUGCUACAGUAUUUUAUAGAAAAUGUGAAAAUAACAUCAUGAUUACUAUAUUCCGGAUUUUGAAUUCGAAAAAUUUAUUUGAACGUUUAAGGUGAAGAAGUUCAAUUUUAGUAAAUGUUUUUUGUACGCAGUACGUGUACUACAGCUGACUUAUGUUGAAAUCCAUUUGUGCCUUAUCAUUUAUAUGCAAGGUUAAGAUUUAAUAUACAAUUAUAUAAUAUAUGUGAUCUGUUGAAGUUGUAAUGUUACUUGUUAAAUUUGAAGUUUAUAUGAAAAAAAUAUAUUUUGUUGAUAAAUCUUUUAUAAACCUGUCGUUUCAAAUAAAGAUAUGCAUUUAA